AUGUCAUCUUCGUCUUCUUCUUCCUCCUCCUCUACUGCUACAAUGACAAUGUCAUUACCUUCUCUAUUACGUGCAUGCUUGUUGAUUUCCUGUCUAUCAUUGGUGACAUCAACGGCAUCAGCGCAAGAAGAUGAUGGGAAAAUCUCCGUUCUGGUUGGUUUCAAGACACAAGAAGCUACCCAGCAAUUCGUUUCAUCCUAUCAAGAAGUGGCAGUGACGGCAUCCGUUGGUGACAGUGGUGAAGCCACAGAAAUCAAAAGCAGUGGCGGUCCUCAAAUUCAAUACGAAUACGAAAAUGCCCAAGCUUUGGAGGUCCGAGUGACACAAAAAGAAUUUGAACAAAUGAAGGAAGACGAUCAGUUUGCCUAUGUGGAAGAAGAUCCCAUUGUCUAUCAAAUGGAAACGCCAACUUCAUCAGCAUCAGCAGACAUAAGGCGACAGUUACAGGCUGCUGAAGAACCAAGUUAUGGUUUGUUCAGCGUCCAAGGGGACAAGGACAUUCCAUUGCCACCAUCUAAUGCAGAGGACUGUUUGGUGGAUAUUUGCAUUGUGGAUUCGGGUCUCAUUGAAGAUCACUUUGAUAUUCCUUAUAAGAGAGGAGAUGGUUUUGUGGACGGCGAAGAAUUUGGAUUGCCCAGUGGUCAGUAUUGGUGGAAUGCCCGCCCCGAUGACGAUCAUGGCACGGGUGUGGCUGGUGUUAUGAUUGCUCGUGGUGGCAACAACCGUGGUACCGUCGGUGUCAUUCCACAAGGGCCCGAAAAAUCCAAGGUCUGUCUUUCGAUUGCCCGGGUCUUUGCCGACAAUUCCAAAUCGACCGCCACCUCUCGCAUUCUACGAGCGGUGGAAUGGUGUGGACGCAGACAUCGGAAUGGUUCCGCCAAGCGCAUGGUGGUCAACCUGAGUUUGGGAUCUCCCAGUCGGACGACUACUGAAGAAACGGUCUACCGAAACUUGUACCGCGAACAAGGACUUUUGUUCAUGGCUGCUUCUGGGAAUGCCGGAACGAAUGAUUAUGCCUAUCCCGCAUCCUGGGACGAGGUUGUUUCGGUGGCAUCGGUGGACGAAGGCAAUGGCCAUUCGUCCUUUUCCCAGUCCAAUGACCAAGUGGAAUUGUCAGCUCCUGGGCGUCAGAUCAUUUCCUCGGGAGGUGGCGCUGGUGGAACCGGAUCUGGACUGGAGCUUGAUUUUGGAGGGACUGUCGUCCAAGCAGCCUUUAUGCAAAACAAUCAGUAUCCCAGCGACUUUAACUUUGGACAAACUUUUGAAUUGGUGGACUGUGGCUUUGGCUUUGAGCCCUGCCAGAAUGCCAAUGGAAAGGUCUGCCUCAUGCAACGAGACGGAACCUUCACAUUCCGGGACAAGGUCCAGAAUUGCCAAGCUGGUGGAGGUAUCAUGGCCAUUGUCUACAACAAUCGCGAAGGAACCUUCACUGGUUUGAUUGGUGACCCCAAUACGGUCAACAUUCCCGCAUUGUCCAUGCUCCAAGGGGCCGGGGACUCUGUCAAGCAAAACAUUAAUCGAUCCUUUACCGCCACCAACAUUAAUGGUAGCGUGCGGGGAUACACGGGAACCAGUUUUUCGACCCCCUAUGCUGCGGGAGUGGCUGCCAAGAUCUGGGCCAGUCGACCAUCCUGUUCCAAUGCUCAAAUUCGAGAGGCUCUUCAAAAGACUGCUGUCAAAUUGGGGAACCGGAUUCCAAACGAUGACACUGGGUAUGGACUGAUCCAAACCUUGGAUGCCUACGAGUAUAUUGUCCAAAAUUUUGAUCCACCGUGUGGAGGAGUAUCGCUGAGUGACAUUACACCGACUAAUCCUCCCACACCUGGCCCUACGCCAUCUCCAACACCCAAUCCCACACCAGCUCCGACACCGAGCCCGACUCCUGGUCCUACCCCAGCUCCGACACCUAGCCCGACUCCUGGUCCUACACCCGAACCUACACCAGCACCAACACCCGGUCCAACCGAUACAUGCGCCGCCUACCUCACCCAGUGUGUCGCCACGGAGGAAUGCUGCAGUGGCUUGGAAUGUCGAAGAAUAUCGGCCGAUUCUACGCAGCCUUGGGUCUGCCGACCAACGAGCAAGGAGAAUAGGGAUAAACUUCCACGAGCGGGAUACUGUAUUGGUGGUAUCAUUGGAUCUGGAUGUCGGCGACGAACGGUAAGGCAGGGAGGCAUGCUGCGGGGAGAACAGCAUGCGGCCGUGGAGCAUCGAAAUUUGGAACUUGCCGAGGAUGAGCCUGCGGAUACUAGAGAGCAAAGUCCAGAAGAACAAGAAGCAUUGCCCGAAGCUUAG